CUCUCUCUGACUCUCCAUUUUCAGCUGCCGGGGAAAUCAAACACAUGAUGUUUGCAUGCGGUGAAAUGGGGGUGUUGGUGGCUACCCUCCUGCUCAGUGGUGUCGCUCUCUCAUCAGCUGAUGUAGGUCUGUUUAGGCAAGCCCUGGUGUUUCCCUCAGAGACGAACAGCUACGUCACACUGACUCCACAGAAGCCCCUGGAGCUCCACGCAUUUACCCUCUGCAUGAACGUGGCCACGGAGCUGAAAGGCGAGAGAGAGGUCAUCCUCUUCGCUUACCGCACCAGAAAGUUUGAUGAACUAACUGUCUGGCGAGAAUCAGAUGGGCGCUAUUCCUUCUACAUGAGUGGAGAGGGGGUUUUCUUUGACAUACCGCCACUGACCACGUUCAAGACCCAAAUGUGCAUCACAUGGGAAUCCGCCAAAGGUCUGUCUGCAUUCUGGGUGGAUGGCAAGCGGAGCGUCAGGAAAGUGUACAAACCAGGACAUACAAUUCGAUCCAAUGGCACCGUCAUUCUAGGACAGGCUUGUGGGGCUUUCUUGGGGGAUUUUCAUUCCCAUAAUUUUGUUGGGGAAAUUUAUAACGUUAACAUGUGGGACUAUGUCCUGCCUGAAAGUCAGAUUAAGGCACUGCAUUCGUGCGGUGGACAUGUUCCCAAAGGCAACAUUUUUGACUGGCCGACAAUUCAGUACCAAACCUACGGGAACGUGUUUUCAUCCUAUUCUAAUUGUGUGAUCUAAUGAAAUAUGCACUUCAUCAGUAAAUGUGCUGUGAUGUACAGAACCAAUUAGAUCCAAUAAAAGUGUCUAAUACUG